AGUGUUCGCAUUUCAAUAAUAACUUUCAAUAAUACUUUAGUACUUUGUCAUUAUAUGUACUAAGAGCAAUGUUGUUUAUUAUUGUUGGACUGAUUGCGAGUUUCGCGUGUAUCGUAAUAAAUUACUUUAUUCAGAAAUGGUUUGCCUAUCAAACACUACCAGGUCCAAUACGAUUGCCACUUAUUGGUACUUCAUAUAUCUUUCUACAACGAAAAUCUGAAGAUUUUCUAAAUAUUCUUAUGCGGAACUGCGAUAAAUAUUUGUCUCCGUUUCGAAUCUGGAUAGGUCCUAAGUUGUUGAUAGUAAUAUACGAACCAAGCCAAAUAAAGACUGUUUUACAAAGUCAUAUUUGUGUGGAUAAAAGUACGAUGUAUAAUGUUGUAAAACCAUUAUUCGGCUCAGGAAUGCUAACAGCCCCUGCACACAUUUGGACUAGAGAUCGAAAAAUGAUUGCCCCAAUUUUUAAUACAAUCAUGUUGAGAGAAUUUGUUGAUACAUUCGUUCAAGAGGCUUCAAUAUUAAUUGAAAAAUUAGAAAAAAUUGGGCAUAAUGGAAACGAAAUUUUCGUUCUUGAGCCUCUAGAAAGAUGUACUUUUAAAAUUGCAUUAGGUACUAUGACUGGUAUCAAGAUGGAAGAAAAUAUACUCAAUGAAAUUGUGGAGGCAAUUGAAAGAAUGAAAAAAAUUAUAACAGCUAGACUUCGGAACCCUUUUUUGAUGUCUGAUUUUAUAUUUAAUCUCACUUCUAUGGGAAGAACACAGCGAGAGACAGUGAUCUUUGCUCAAUCUGUUGUUGAUAAGAUGAUUCAGCAAUGGACAAAUGAAUCAAAUACAGCAAACGUUAAUAGUGACGUAGCUCAUAAAAGACUUAUGAACGUUUUAAUAAGUUCAACACAUAAUAAAAAAUUCACGGAAAAGGAAAUUUUCUACCAUUUAGUUACGAUGUUAUUAACGGCCAGUGACACCAUUGCUGUUACGAUGUACUUUGUGACCUUCGUGUUAGCGAAUUUCUCAGAAAUACAGGAAAGGGUAUAUAAAGAGUUGUUGGAAAUUUAUGGCAUGAAAACUCUAAAGGAUGCGCCGGUUAAAUAUGAAGAUCUGCAACAUAUGCAUUAUUUGGAACGCGUAAUUAAGGAAACUUUGAGAAUUUUUCCUACUGGUCCAGUAAUUGCACGAGAAGUGACGGAAGACUUUAAAAUAGGAGAUAUUGUUUUACCAAAAAGUGCCGACAUUUUUAUAUCAUUUAUUCAAUUGCAUCGAAACAAAAAGUAUUGGCCGAAUCCAUUAGUGUUUGAUCCGGACAGAUUUCUUCCAGAAAAUAUAAAAAGUUAUCAAUCGUUCUAUUUCCCUUUUAGCGAUGGACCAAGAAAUUGCAUAGGUAUGAAAUAUGCAAUGUUUUCUAUGAAAGUUAUUCUAACGACGUUGAUACGAACAUUUGUAUUUAAAGUAAAUCAAAGAAUUGAAAUAGAUAAAAUUAAAUUAAAUAUGAACCUGGUAUUAUCAACUGUAGAACCUUUGAAGAUUAUACUUGAGAAACGAAAACUUCAAUAAUGUAAUAGAGUAACUGCAAUAUUUACACCAUACUUAAGGAAAAAUGAAUACAAGUAAGAAUUUUAUAUUGUCUACUACUAUAAAAAAAAUUUGAAAUACAAAAUAUUUUUUUUCUUAUAUUUAAAAAAGAAACUUGUAUAAACUCUUGCAUUUUUGCCGUAUAUUCCAUAUUGGAGGGUUAUGUGAUCUUUCAUAGGCAAGAUACACGCCUUUUAAAAAAUUGACAAAUAUUUAUAAUUAAAUAUUUAUAAUUAACUAAUAUUUAUAAUCCAAUAAAAUAUAAUCACUAAGUUAUAAAAUGUGUACGAGAUUUAUUAAGAUAUCAGAAUAAUAAACGCUUAUAAGAAUACUGAAUACCCUAAUAGCAUAAGACGUCCUCGGGAUGAUCCUGAAUUCGUCCUGAAUGUCCCGGGAUAAUAAUGGAACGGACAUAGGACAUUAUACUGGAAUAAAAAUUUCAGGACUUUCCGAGAAAUGUUAAAUAAACUAAAGAAAUUCUAUAUACAGCCUUAUACCCACCCCGUUAUAUCCACUGGACGUAAUUUUAAGUCGCCCACACAGCACACUGCAUCCAAAGGACGUUCUCAGGACGUUUAAGUCCUAAGCCGAGCCUAAGAACGUUCUUAGGUCAUCCAAAUCCUAAGUCGAUUUUAAGGACCUUCUUUGACCGUCUCUCUGUAUCAUAUGGCACAAACUAAGAAAGUUAAGAGAAAAUAGAAAAAUUCUUGGUUAUAAUAC